AUGUGCGAGUACACCACGGGGUUACCCAACGUUAUUUCAGGAAUUGAAAAAGGUCAAACAUGGUUGAAGAGAACAUGGAUAGGAUUAGAACGUGCUCAGGCAGAGCAAGACUGGCUCAAAUGGAUUGAUGGCACACCAUUGGACUACGAAUACUGGGCUGAAGACGGGCCACACAUGGCCCAAGGACGUAGUACUUACUGCAUCAAUGUAAGUGCAUCAUUCCCGAUUCCAAUGUUCAAACCAGUAUAG